UGCAAUGGGAGCCAGAAGUAUGGGAACCCGGACCUGGAAGAUUCAGCUACUCAUCCUGUUGAGUGCAGUUCUACUCGCCGUUCGAGCUGCUCCAGCGGAGUCAACCGCGGAAGUGACCCAUCCACCGCCCGAUCAGCUGCUAACGGAGUCUCGCUCCCGCAAGGACGAUGUCCUGGAUGUGGACGAGGACCUGGAUGGAAGAAACGCCUACAUCAACAAUAAGUUUGUGCCCAGCGAGCCGGCUGAAGUGCUGGACGAAGAGCAGAAUGCCCCGCUCUACGAGAUCCUCCAGAAGCAGAUGGAGCAAGUGCUGGCCUCGUCGGCUCCCAACGAUCCCAUCUACGAGCAGCGGGAGAAACAGGAGCGGCGCGACCAGCAGCCACCACACCAACCGCCGUACUUCUCCGGCGAAGAUCGGGAUGGCGAUCUUCAGGACGACUACGAGGACGAGGAGGAUCAGACGGAUCAGGGCUAUGCCGUGGACCCUGAGAAACCGGAUGCUGUGUCAGGCUCACCCGAGGAAGAGGAGCAGCAUGAGGCAAGCUAUCAGGCCCCAUCGCUGAGCCUUCCCAGUAGCUCUACUCGCAGACCGCACAGGCGACGCAGCACAACCACCACUUCCCAGCCUCGAACCACUAGAACCAGGAGCACUGCGCAGCCCAGGAUCACAGCCAGGCCAUCGAACCAAACCAGCCCCACUGAGCCACCGCCACCAGCCACCACCACCAGUCACAGACCCAAAAUUGGAUCCAGUAGCCAUUCCAAGCCGAAUCCUCAUCCGGCAAACAGCCUGCCCAGUGAUCCGCAGGUCUACCAGCACAAGCGCCGCAUCAUCUUCAAGACCAUCUCGACGGGCUCGCAGUUCGUUAACUCGCCCAUUGGCGACCUGAUGAUCAAGUUCUCCAUCGGAUUUGCCAAGCCAGCUACACCGGGUGAAGCUAUUAGCUCCUCCAGUUCACUUAACUCCUCCAACGAUGCCGCCCUGCGCGCACUCUCCCAAAACUUUAUUCGCAACCUGGAACUCCAGAAGUUGAAAAGAGCCAAUAAAGUUCAAAAAGAUUGAAUAAAGGUUAUAAUCUGAAGAUAAUAACAAUAUUUUAUUUUACAUUGCUUUGGAAAUUUGUGUAUAAGAUGGAUUGGUAAAGUUUCCAGGAAAAAGUGAAAUUUAAAUAAUUUCCACGGUACUCUCUUAAGUAUU